UCUUAACCUCCCCCUUGCGUUUGUUGUCGGUACUACGUUAACACGUCGUGAAGACUGUCAACAAUCAUGGAGAAUCGUAUCAAGAAUUUAUCUAGCAAAAAACAAUCAGAGAAAGCGAACAAUGAAAAGAAACCGUUCAAUAAAAAGAAAUAUAGGUUACAAAAGUACAGCAAUGAUUAUAAAAUUAACCAAUGGGAGGAACGUAGAAAGAAGGCAAUUUUACGACAUUUUUACAAAGACUUGAAAGAAGAUCAACGGCAAAACUUGAAAAAAGUAUUGCCAUCAAAGAGUAGUGAUCACGAAGGAAAUGCAGAGGAUAAAUCAAAGCAGAGAAAUUCAUUUUAUAAAGCUAAGCAGGAAUUUUUGCGUAAGAAAGAUGAGAAAAGGAAACAGAAGGAAGAAGCACUUAGGAUAAAAUUGGAACGAGAGGAAGCACUUAAAACAUAUAAAGAGAAGAAAAUAAGGACAUACAAGAAACUUUCGAAACAUACAAAAAGAGGUCAGCCAGUAAUGAAGGACAGAAUGGAAAUAUUAUUGGAAAAGAUACAGCAACAAGUAUCAAACUAGAAAAAAUGCUGAUGGUUGUAGCUGUAAAUGCUAUCAAUGAAUGUUGUUUGUUAUCAAUCUAAGAAUUUUUUGAAUAAAGUAUUUUGUUUAUAAAAUAAACUCUA